AUGCAGACGCCGAUUGGAGUGCAACCGCCAAGUGCUGUGCAAGUUGCUAGUUCAUCAAAUGCUUCACCUACUGGCAGUGUAAUGAAAAAGGCUUGCCAAAGUUUGACAAGCAUUGGUGGCAGUGGCUAUGCUACUUGCGCCUUGCAUGUUCCACAUCGCCCCUAUGCCACCACGGAGCAUGAAUGGUUCGCGAGUCUUCAGGAUAUGCAGCUGAAAAGCGACUUGGUGGACUUUUGGCAACUUCCUCAAGACAUCGAAACCAUCGUCGAUCGUGAUCGUCGCAAAGAGUGGGUCAUCAAACAGCGGUCUGUUGUUGAAGAACUGAAUUCUGUUCAUCGCCGUGCUAUUUUGACAGUUUUACUCUCUGGCACCGACUUCAUAUCGGACUCACAGUUGCAUAUGCCACCUCAGAUGCUGGAGACCUUGAUGAAGGGCCUUCAUUAUGCUUGCAUUCCUGUUGAGAGGGCUUUCAAGCAUCCCGUUCACGUUUUUCUGCACAGCUCUGGGCAGUUGGUGUAUACGUGGAAGCUUUCAGGUUUUCCAGGUCAGCGUCAGCAAGCUAUGCAUGCUCUUCGUGCAGGGGAAUACCCAAUGAUGUUCUUACAUUACACAACCCCUGAAGGGCUUGAAGGCAUUUUCCGCUCUGGCCUAGUGUUUCCUUCCACCAGGCAGACUAUCGGAGCGCACACUGGUAGCCCUCCCUUGGGUUUCUUCACACGAGGGAGCAUCCAGUUUAAUUGCCAGCACCUCGACAGCCUUGUUGUGGACAACUCUGAUUAUGGCAAAGCUGCGUUUGGUCUUGCUUUUUCAGGAACAGUUUUCACCGAACAUCACAAGUCUGGCAAUUCUGAUGUCGUUCGUGAACAACGGCUUUUGUACGAAUACAAUGUCGUGAAACCUACGGCAAAGGACAAGCGUUGGGCCUUUCGAUCUGAUUCGGCUGUGAUUUACAAUUUCCACCUCGUGUGGGACCCGAGUUAUGAGACUUGGGGAGAUUGGGGCAAGCAAAGGGAGUCCAUCCAGAAUCUCUCUGACAGAAUCAAAGCCAUUUCAGCAGGGACUGCGUAG